AUGACACAGCCUACUAGGCCCGGUGUCACAGGGGACCCGGGAUCCUCCACGAUAUACAGGACCGGCGCCACCUUGGGGUGGAAACACCAGCGCCAUAGGCUCGGCAGCCGCCAAGUACUCGGGCCGCCGCCGAGUAAUCGGCGUAGCGGGUUCAGCCGCAGAUCUGCUUCCCGCGCCGCGGACCGCGCAGUCGCCUGUGCUCUUCAGGUGUGGCCCGUGUGCCCAGAGAAUUCGUUAGACUUCGGUCCCGCGAGGGAGCCCGAACUCUUUCAGACUCGCCCUUCCUCAGCCGGACUCCGGCCCUUUUUCACGACGAAGAUUCUGGAUUUCUCGUAGCCCCGUUCACAGCUCCUUCCCAGUCUAGCUCCUCGGAUUCCCUUAAUCCCAAACUCCCUCACCGCGGACUCCCGGAAGAACCUUGACUCCCCAUCUCCAGUCUACAUUUUUUCAGAAUCGGUCCCAGCCCUUCAGUCCUCAGGCAUGACAUCAUGUGAUCCCAGCCCUGACUCUCCUUAGAGUCUGGCGAGGCCCAGGUCCUCCCAAGCUCGAACCUGUCCCACACUCACUGUCUCAGCCUCUAUGUUCCCGAACGGUCCUGGAAAAGCCCCCAGUUCCCUCUGCCUGGCCCUGAUCCUCACAAAUCCCAAUUACCCACUCUCCUUUCCAUUCCACAACUGCUCUCACUGCAUCCUCCACGUUCCCAUCCAUGGAGGACUUGAGGUGGAAAGCAACUUGGUUCAAAAUGACCAUUAUUUAUUACUUGACAAGGGAUAUUUUCAGUCGUUGCCAACAUCCUCCCCUUCUAGUAUUGGUAAAUUUGGUGCACCACUUAGUGGGUGAAGAGUUUUAUGUGUCUUUAAAUGUUUUAGGGAUUUUUUU